AUGUUUCGACCGGGGACGCCCGCGGACGGCGCGAGCGGCUCAUCGAGCCACUAUACCCCCCAAAGUGCGGCACAGAAUGCGUCAUUAGGCGUCACACGUUCGCGUACGCUUCUCUUCCUUAGCAUCCGCGAUUCGCUCGCGCCGGGCUACGUGGCGGACGCUCCGCUGCUGAGCGACGACAAGCCGCCGCUGAGCGACUCGCACGUCUACUUUGACUCGGCCGGUGAGCUGCGCCCCCACGGCGACUCGGUCGCAUUGAAUCUCGGCACGAGCGGCCUCCCUCCGCGGUGGGUCGACGUGUCGGAGGAAGUCGAUGCGCUUCUGCAAGGCAUGGCCCCCAAACUAGCCGAGCUCGAUCGUUUGCACGCCAAGCACCUGCUCCCCAGCUUUGUGGACAAGAGUGACCAGGAGCGGCAGAUUGAGUCGCUCACGUCCGAGAUCACAGCCGACUUUCGCCUCGCGUCGAAGCACAUCGGGCGGCUUGCGUCGCACACGACGCAGGCGAUGCGCUCGAACGAGCUGCGUGCACACGAAAUCACCGCCGCGCGCAACGCGCAGACCGCGCUUGCGACGCGUGUGCAGCAGAUGUCUUCGCUCUUCCGCCGGAAGCAGUCUUUGUACCUGCGGCGUCUGCAAGGCAUGGAAGUCCAGGACUCCGAAAAGCGGGCCGUGUCCGACCCCAACGCCUCGAGCCUCUUGUCCAGCGAGCUGGCCGUGCAGGAGGAUAUGGAGCUGUCGCGCAGGCAGCUCAGCCACGGCGGCAUGCAGACCUCGCUCCUGCUCGAGGCCGACGAUACCAGCGACCUCGCCGCGAUCCAGGAGCGCGACCGCGAGAUUACGCAGAUUGCGCAGUCCAUCGGCGAGCUUGCACAGCUCUUCCAGGACCUGUCCGCGAUGGUCAUCGAGCAGGGUACCAUGCUCGACCGCAUCGACUACAAUAUCGAUAAUAUGGCGACCAACAUGCAGCAGUCGUCCGUGCAGCUGAACCAGGCCAUGGUGUACCAGGCCGGCUCGGGGCGGCGGCAGCUCAUGCUGCUGCUUAUCCUAUGCAUUGCCUAA